AUGGAUAACGUACUCGCCAGACCUGCAGACAUCUGCUGUCUCAAGGGAUCCUUUCAUUCAGGAGACGCUACUGGUUCUACCAUCCAGAUCGACGGUAUCGACACUUAUGUCGCCAAACCCCAUCCCGACAAGUCCAAUGGGAACGUUCUUCUUUUCUUUCCUGAUGCAUUCGGGCUGCAUAUCAACAGCUUCCUCAUGAUGGACGCUUUCGCCGAGUGCGGAUACCUCACUCUUGGUGUCGAUUACUUCCUUGGUGACCCUGUAACAAAACACUCGUUGACACCGCUGAGCGAUCCAAACUUUGACUUUGAGUCAUGGAAGAACAAGCAUCUCAAGGCGUCUGAGGAUGCUGCUGCCAGAUGGGUCAAGGCCGUAAAGGCGCAGUACGGCAGCAGCGAGGACGUCAGGUUUGCUUGUGUCGGCUACUGCUGGGGUGCACGCUUCGUUUGCCAGCAACUGUCUGCCGACGCCCCCAUCUUCUUCUCGGUGCCCAGCACAGACAAGCUUUUUGAACCAGAGCAGAGAAGCAGGACUAUCGAGAUACUCACAGAAAACAACAAGCAGUUCAACAUGCAAGUCUUUGCUAACGUUGGACAUGGCUUUGCGUCGCGAGCCCGUUUGACUGACCCUUAUGAGAAGUGGGCUAAAGAGGCGACCUUUAAGAGCUUUGUGGACUGGUUCGACUUUUGGAUGGAGAAGAAGUGA